AAUGCAAACGAAAGAACAGAAGUAGCACUGGGGAGUCAGCGCACAGACAGCAGCAAAGACAAGAUGGCAGGACUGCCCCGUAGGAUCAUCAAGGAGACGCAGCGUCUGCUGGCAGAGCCAGUGCCGGGCAUCAAGGCGGAGCCGGACGAGGGCAACGCACGCUACUUCCAUGUGGUGAUCGCGGGGCCCCAGGACUCGCCCUUCGAGGGUGGCACCUUUAAGCUGGAGCUCUUCCUGCCCGAGGAGUACCCCAUGGCCGCCCCCAAAGUGCGCUUCAUGACCAAAAUAUACCACCCCAACGUCGACAAACUGGGCAGAAUAUGUCUAGACAUUCUCAAAGAUAAAUGGUCUCCAGCAUUGCAGAUCCGCACAGUGCUACUGUCCAUCCAAGCAUUACUAAGUGCUCCGAACCCAGACGACCCCCUAGCCAAUGAUGUCGCAGAGCAGUGGAAGUCCAAUGAAGCUCAAGCCAUAGAGACAGCACGGACAUGGACCAGGCUGUAUGCUGGGAACAACAUAGAAGUGUAGAAAACAAAAAUAACAAAAAAAUAACAAGUUCAAGGAAGAAGUGGAUGAUGUGGAGGUGGAGUGUGAUCGCAACUCCUCACGUUCUGCCAAGAUCUGUUCAUUUGCAUUUAAAGGACACAGUCUUAGAAGAAAACAAAACAAACAUCUAUACCUAUCAAAAGAAAUGUUGCAGAGUAUAUUAUAGAAUUUAAAAAAAGCAACAACCGCAGACAAUUGGUGAGUUUAAAAAUCACAUAAGCAGAGAAAAAAGUAAAGACAAAAAAGAAAA